CUAGUAAAUAGUCUAUUAUUGUACAACCGAUAUUGUAUCAGUACUUAUGUCAUCUAAGUCCAUAAGUCUAAAGUUCAUUUUUAGGCUUAUCUGUUGCCGUCAUCUGUCAUGAAAAAUUGAACUUGUAAGGUUAAAGCCAAGGUUGAAGUAGAUUUAAGUUUAAAAGAUUGUUUUUGUUUUAAUAUUUAAAUAAAUAUUUAAAACUUGAAGAAAGCUCCAAUUCAUUGGUUGCCUGGUGUUAUAAACUGGAAUAACUGGAUUUGAAGCUCAACGUUCAUCACUAAUAACAUUCACCAAAAUGGAUCAUUUGUAUUGCGAUGCAGUUGCAGUUCACUCACUUACUUGGUACCUCAAAUACGUCGGUAUACCAUUGACCAUUGGUGUAACAAUGUGUAAAUUAUUCAGUUGUAUCACCACAAACAGACGUCGAGCUGCUUUGCAAGGAAAGGUGGUGGUCAUAACUGGGGCAAGUUCUGGUAUAGGAGAAGCCUUAGCUCAUGCAUUUUAUGAACAAGGAAGCAAAGUAGUAUUAGCUGCCAGAAGAAAAACAGAACUGGAGAGAGUAAAGAGAGAAUUAAUGUCUAAGAAUCUGUCUACUCCAACAUUGGAACCAGUUGUAUUGGAGCUAGAUCUUACAAAACUGGGAGAAAUGAGUUCAUUUGUUAAAAAUGUCUAUGAUGCCUGUGGAGAAAUAGAUAUAUUAAUUAACAAUGGAGGCAUUUCACACCGAGGAUCAAUAUUGAAUUCCAAGAUUGAUGUUUUUAAGAGUAUUAUGGAUGUUAACUAUUUUGGCUCUGUUGCUCUAACAAAAGAAUGUCUCCCAAAAAUGGUGCAACGUAAAGCUGGUCACAUAGUAUUUGUGAGUUCAGUCCAAGGACUCAUUGCCAUUCCUGAGCGCUCAGCAUAUGCAGCUGCAAAACAUGCUAUUCAAGCCUUUGGAGAUUCUCUUAGAGCAGAAAUGCAUCAGCAUAACAUCAAUGUUACAGUUGUUAGCCCUGGUUACAUUAAAACUGCUAUAUCUAUAAAUGCUUACACUGGCUCUGGAGAACCACAUGGAGUCAUGGAUAAAAGCACAGCUGCUGGUUUCUCCCCAGAAUAUACUGCAAACAGAAUUCUUAAUGGAAUUGUGAACAAAGAAAAAGAUCUGGUUAUUAGCCAGUUUUUGCCAAGUUUAGCUGUGACUUUAAGACAUUGUACACCAUCUUUAUAUCACUGGAUUAUGGCAAGGAGGGCUGUCAACACAUCAUCUUAAUGGUUUUAACCUUAAUUCAAGUAUAUAACAAAGAUAUAUUUAUUCAAUUCGAUUUAAGUAAUGUAAAAUUUGUAUAGUUCUUCAUUAUUAUUUGAUGUAUCAUUAAUUUAAAAUGUAUCAAGAUAAAAGUUUGUACUUAUAAUACCGAAAUUCUGUUUUGUUUGAAGAAUUAAAGGUAUUUUAAUGCAAAAAGUUUAAUGGGCACUUAUUUCAUUAAUGGGAAUGGGGUAACUAUUUUUUAAAGGUAGUCUUUAAACUUUGAGUAAGAUACUCUUUCUGGUUUGUUAAACCAAUUUAAAUUACCAUUUCCCCUACAUGCUCAUUUAUUUAGAUACCUAAUGAGUAAUGUUGGCUUUAGUAAAAAGAAGUAUUUAUUUGUAAAAUAUAUACUGUCGCAUUUAAUACUCAAAUUGUUAUUUAACUUACUUUAAUUAGGUUUGUUUUAAACAAAAGACUAAAGUAUGUUAAAAUUGUUUUAUAUUUUUUAUACACUGGAAUUUAUUUUAUUGUUUUUUAUUUAUCAAUCACAGAUGUUAUUUUACAUAAAAGCAGGUUUGUUUUUAGUGAUCAAGUAACAUACACAUAAUGGUAUUAUAUAAUUACACAUAUUGGUUAUUUUGUCUUCUUGUGCCACUUCUCCCAGUAAUUUUCGCUUUGUACAAUUUGAGUGAUAAAACUUAGAUGAAAUAAAAUUUAGAUGUGGUUAGGGAGCAUAGCUCCUGACCCAACCAAUACCAGAUCUAAAAAUAACAUGUUUUUUAUGACUUUCAAGAUUUGUGAAAAAGGGUUCUGCACUGGGCUGGAAGUGUUUAUUCAAUGGUUGUAUAAGAAAUCAUGUACAAUUUAUAAAAGGUGUAAAUAAAAUUGCCAUGUAAAUUGCAUUAUUGUUUUAUUUC